UUUUCGCCCGUGAUAUAUUUCAAAACCAUUCCAGCAAUUAACUGAUGUAGCUGAACUCAAUUAGCUUCAAAAUGUGUGGGAGAACAGCUUGUACACUCGCACCCGAUGAAUUCCCAAAGGCAUGCAGAUACAAAGGGAAGGACGGCAAGAUCCAUGAACCGACUUGGCGUAAUGGCGGGGGAAAAUAUUAUCCCUCCUACAAUAUCAGCCCGCAAUCUUUCACGCCAGUAUUGUUGUCCAGCCAACAUUUCAACAAUGCAACCUCAGAGGACACAUCUGAAAGAGUUCUGCAGCCCAUGAGGUGGGGAUUGAUUCCAUCAUGGCACCGUGGAGACCCUAAAGAAUUCAGCUACAACAUGAGUAAUGCCAGAAGUGAUACUUUGUUGGACAAGAGAUCAUUCAAAUUGCCAUUAGAGAAGGGUAAAAGAUGUGUUGUCUUGGCAGAAGGGUUCUUUGAGUGGGAGACAUUGAAAGGAGGAAAGAAACAACCUUAUUAUAUCUACUUUAAGAAAGAUGCAAAGGGAAAAAUUAAAGAGGAAGAUACUUCCAGCCAUGAAGAUGAAAGAUUCCGAGAAAAAGAUCCAUCGUCAGGCAAGCCAGAUGUAAAAAAUGUCAACACUAAAGAUGACUCAGUGGAAUUGAGGAAAGUAAAAGAAGAGGAUGUAGAACAUUGUGGAGAUAAACAUCUCUUGACCAUGGCAGGCUUGUUUGAUUGCUGGCAGGCACCAAAGGGCAGUGCCAAUGAAGGUGAAGAGCUUUUUUCAUACACUAUUAUCACAGUGGAUGCAGCUCCAUCUCUGAAAUGGCUCCACAAUAGAAUGCCAGCUGUUCUACAUGGUGAAGAAGAGGUCCGUCAGUGGUUAGAAUGUGGAGAAGUCCCCUGGAAAAAGGCUCUAAACUUAGUCACACCCAAGGACUGCUUGGAGUGGCAUCCAGUCUCCAUGAUGGUCAACAACUCUAGGAAUAAAUCACCAGAGUGUAUCAAGCCAAUUGACUUAACUCAAAAAACAGAGAAGCCAGUUGCUGGCACAUUGCUGUCAUAUUUCAAGAGAUCACCCAAAAAAGGAGAGAAAACUUCAAGUAAAGAAGAGCCAUCAGAAGAACCAUCUCAAAAGAAGACAAGACUCCAGUAAAAUUUGUAGUUUGUAUCAAAAUAAUAGCUUGGUGUUACUCAUGAACAUAACCACCAUGUACUGUAAGAGGUCUUUUUCCUGUGAAAUUAUUUUUAACAAAAUCCAAAACCACUGGAUUAUCCAUCUGAUAUCCAAGUAAAUAAAUUUAUUCAAUUAGAUCUCUGAUAAAUACACAUGUAGCAUUAUAAGCCUUCUGUCUUAGUUCAUCCGAAACCACAUGUACGUGAAAGUUUCCUCAAUAAAGAUUAUUAUUAGUCUG